AUGUGUUCGAUAAUAUAUGUGUCAAAUUUAUUAUUUUUGUGUACAAUAAUACCGUCACAUGUAACGGUAGGACUUCCGAAUAUAAUUACCGCAGAUCGUUAUUAUAGUGAUUAUAUAGAACAAAAUAGCGGUAGUAAAGUUUUAUCAUCAUCAUCAUUGUAUGUUCUUGGAAAUGAUAUUGCAUCCGGUAUUUUCGUUGAUAGAAAUAUUAUUGAAGAAGAUGAUGCAUCUUUAGUACCAAGAAAAUUGGAAACACCAUUUAAAGAUGAGGUUGACAUUCUACAGUUGUUAAACAUUACACAUAAAGCGCCUGGAGUUUCAAUAACAGAAGGACCGAUCAAAGAUCUACCCGCAUAUAAAUUUCGUUUACCUUAUGGAAAUGUACAUUUGUCAAAUUCAACACCGAUUACUUCAAUUCUCAGUGGUAAAAAUGGUUUUACUUUAAUAUUUAUCUAUAGACAACAGAGAAAAACAUUAGGUUCACUACUCUCCGUUAAUCCACCAGGAAGGCUGUCACCAUGGUUUCAAGUAACGUCAAAUCUACGUACAGGGCAAUUAAUAUUGCAUUAUCGGAUUACUAGCGAUGUCAAACAACAUCAAGUAUACUGGCCAAUAACACAGCAACAUCAUAAAGCUUGGCCAUUAACCGCAUGGACUUGGUUAGCAAUAUCUGUUGACUAUAAUACAAGCACCAUUCGUUUGGAUCAAGAUUGUCUUCCAAGAAGGUAUCAUUCAUUACAACAACGGGUGGAGCAACCUCAAUCUCAUAUUGACGCACCUUUAGAUGCACUUGUUUAUUUUCGACAGGAACCAGGUCGAAAGAAACGGUUUUUGGGUUCAAUACAAGUGGCAAAACUUUUACCAAACACUUAUCCACACAGACUAUGGUCUUGCAUCAAACCUGAAACAGCAUCUAUUUCACAUACAAGAAAUCAAAGAUAUUAAUACUUUAAUCGUGUCAAUUUAAUAUCUGUUGAGUAAUAUGGCUGGAACAAUUUGGUCCACAUAUUCACGUUUUUGAAAUUUUAUUUUCAAACCUUGGAUGGUUUAAUAAUACUUACCGUUUUAGGUAAUCUUAUAUUAAUAAUAUCUAUUAAUAGUAAACGACAAAUUUGUAAUUUAUUUUUAGACAAAUUGAUUCAGCCAUGAGACUGGGGUAUUAAUUUAAUUAUGUCUCAUAAUUUAAUAGCCAGAAUGUAUCAAAUAUCGUAUAAGCCGUGUUUGUUGCCACGUUAGUGAAUCAGUAAAUAUAUCCAUAGAUUCAACUGUUUGUUAGAUGGUGUCGAACUAUUUAUUCAAAUUAAUUUUCAAUUCAAAAGCCCGUGACAUAGCAAUGAUGCUAAUCGAUAAAAUUCGAGCUAAAUGGAGAGUAGUAUAAAAAUGAGGACUCUACCUCACUUGAAGGUCUUCUGAGGUCAUUGACCUAGAUUGGAGAUGCAUUGACCUAGAAAUGAACGACCUUGAGUGCAUUGACCUAGUUUUGGAUGCACUUUUUGGGGGAUGCAUUUUUUUUUUGGAUGCACUUUUGU